AUGCUACCUCCUCUAUACCAAGUAAUUACUGCAGCUACCCUAGGUGUUCUCGCCCACUGGUGCUUCUUUGUCCACGGUGAACAUGACUUAGCAGCAGCCAACAUUGCCCGUGUCCACUUGGCAGCCGCCGUGAUAAGAACAUCUUUUGACUCGCAAGGGUCAUGGAUUGAAGCUUCCAAGCACACCUUCGCUCUUGCAGCAGUAUAUGCUACAGCGUUGUAUUCAAGCAUGCUAUUCUACCGCAUCUUCUUAUCUUCACUGAAUCAUAUCGACGGCCCUCUCAACUGUGAGUUCCUUCAUGAGCUUCACAAGAGAUAUGGUUACAUCGUUCGUACUGGCCCGAACGAAGUCACUGCUUUUGACAUCGAUGCCUUCAACACAGUUCACAGGCAGUCCUCGAGCUGCGGCCGUGCCGCUUACUACGAUAUCUUGCACCCCAUGGUCUCUCUAGUCACGACCCGCGAUCCCCAAGUCCACGCCUAG